GUCACCGCCCAAAUCCCCGGGGGAAACAUAGAGUCAAUCUCCCGCAAAAAAAAAAAAAGUUGCUGGAGACGAUCGAAGUCGAAAAGCGAAACCAAUUAGGGUUCUCGAAUCUCCAGAGAGAAUCGGGGGGAGGGGGAGGGGGGGAAUAUCUUCUUUUUUUUCCCUUUUAUGGGAAAAUCAAUUCCCACCAAAACAGGGGUGAGAGCGGCGGCGGAGGCGUCUUUAAAACUCGUCAAGUCAUCGAAAUCGAUUCGGCCCGUCUCCUCAAAUCUCCGCUCCGCUUCGGUGAAGAUGGCUGAGAGCACCAGUGGUGAAGCCGCCGUUGCAACCGCCGCCGACAUCGGCAGCAGCCGCCGCUUUCCGCUGUCGGCUGUGGUCGCCGAUUGCGCUAAGCGGUGGUUCAAGGAUACGCUUCAGGAAGCGAAGGCUGGCGACACGGGCAUGCAGGUCUUGGUGGGUCAGAUGUAUUACACCGGCUAUGGAGUCCCCAGGGACGCUCGAAAGGGGAGACUUUGGAUUACCAAGGCAUCAAAAAUCCGUUCUUCAGUGUGGAGUGUCAAGGAUAAACAUCCAGGUUACAAUGCCAGUGAUUCGGAUUCAGAUUAGCAGAAGAGCAGGUUCUUGUUCUUGAUAGAGUCAGUCGGUUUCCCAGUAAUCUUUAUACGGUAAUUCUAUUUGAUCAUAUGAUGUUUUGAAACAUAAAACUAUGUGGGUUUGCAUAUAGUUGUAUGCCUUUUACUGCUUUAUUGCAUGGUCUCUUGUCUCUCA